UUAGCUGUUGAUUUAGACAUUAAAAUCUGAAAUUUUCCAAAUUAUUAGCUAAAAGCCACUAAAAAGUCGUAAUUUUCCAAUUGCCUUCACUAAACACAUGUUUUUCUUUAUUUAUAACUAAAUUAUUAAUUAACCCUGCCUAAAGCCAAUUAUUCACAUUAUUUACAUAUAUGCUGUUAAAACAAACAUAUUCCAACUUUUGUCCAACAUUAAGCUGAAAAACAUGGGGGCCUGGUUGAGAAAUGUUUUGGACAGAUUUCCACCAAUACAUGAUAUGAAUCAUGAGUACACCAAUCUUAUCACCAGGAUACUUGGCUUUACUAUGAUCAUGAAGAACCCAAGCCCAUGGAGUUUAACACUAACAGAGAACAGAAAGCUCAACGACUACGCAAUUACUAGAAGUGAAUCAGGACUUUCUAGUGAUUCCAGAGAAACACCUGAAAGUUGGAUCUGGUUGAGAAAAGGGCAACUUGAAGCUUUGAGUUGUUUGCGUGUUAUUUUCAUUGCUGAUUACGGGACUGUGAAGACGCUUUUACUGAAGAAAAGCCCUGGAGUUAAGUGAGAAGGCUGCCAAAAAUCAAGGAAAUACAAAUAUGAAUACAUUGAUUGAACUCCAAUGAAUAUUAUGAUAGGCUGACUAGUGACCACCAGGGGUGGAUACAGGAGUGAGCCAUGGAGUGACUGUUCACCCCUGAAAAUUGUUCAUCCCUGAAGCUUUAGGGAUGAUCGCUACGGAAAAUAGAGAGAAAGUCUAAAAUUCCAAAUUACGUAGCAAUUUCAAUAUGUAUUUUUCAUAUUCAUUCAUAAAGGCAUAAUGAUAACUUUUUUAGUUGUGUCUUAAAAAUUAAAAACUUUCCUUGUGUUUGGUUACUCUCAAGAAUAAGGCUUUACAGACGACCUGGAACUCUUUUAAUACCAUG